AUGAUCCAAAAAUAUAGUGAAUUAUCAUUAUCAAACGAAACUACACUGAGUAAAAAAAUGUAUUUAAAUAAUACAGAACAAAAUUUACAACUAAUACAACAAGAUGCUGCAGAAGGAAUAUUACCUGCAAUUGCCAGUAUAUCUGGAACAUCUUCACCAACAUACAAUAUAACAUUAGACUUUACUAUCUUCUAUAAAAAAGAGUGUAUUCCUUGUAAGAGUUCGCGUGAAAAUGUGAUUUUGCAACAACUCGGUUCAAACAAACAAUUAAAGUCGCCAAUAUUACAACAGAAGCUUAACAGUCCAGAUGAUGCCUGCACGGUAACAAUAAAUCAAAUAAUUGUCGAAUACAAAGUUCUUACUGACGUUAUCAAAAUAACUGUGAAGUUUUUCACGGUUUUUCAAAAACUCUGCCAAACCUGCACAGUCUCUCGUAUUAAUUACAUUAAUCAGCAAUUAAAUCUUACCUCAACGGUCGAUAUCCAAACGGCUGCCGUCAGCAACACCACAGACACAGUUAACGCUUAUUUUGCUGGUACAAGUCUAGCUCCAUAUAAGUAUAUUUUACAAACGUUAUCGGACCCGGCUGCACAAGUGACAAGUUUAAGUUUGCCUUCUAUAACAACUGUUCCUGAAUUUGAGUGUGUCAGAGAUCUUUUACAAACAAGCAAGACCACACGUUCAUCAAGUCUAGCUAAUACCGCCACUGACGAGCAAGUAAACAUUGAAAUUCAACAUCUAAUGAAAUUCUUAUCACAACUGGCACGCCUGAAACAGGCACACCAAUUUGACAAUGAAUUAUUCAACAAGUUUAUUGUACAGAAAUUUGAAUGCCUAAAAAUCGAAUUCAAAUCACCUUCAGAAACAACUAUUCCUCUAGAAAGUGAACAAUCAAAAGUUGAAAAAUUAGUAAUACCUAUCGCGAAAUACAGGCUGAUUAAGAACGUUACAGCAAGAAAAGUUAAACCUCAGGGAACUCUGGUAGAAAAGCGUUUUCGACAGGAUAAAAUGGCGGGAAAAAUACGUAGGAAACAAGGGACUGGUAAAAAUUCCCAAUCGAACCGAGUAACAAAGACACCUGGACGAAAGUCAGAAAGAAUGACAUUUCUGAAGCACAAUGAAGGGGAAAAAGAAAAUGUGGUCAAUGAAGUCGAAGUGAAUGCUAAAGCAAUACUUUAUGAUAAUUUUCAACACGUUGUUGACUGGUAUCAACAGUGUCCAACAAUAAUUAAAUCAAAACUUGACAAAUUUUUAUUAGAAAAAUUGGAGCAAAUAUUUCAUGCCUUUAGCAUUACUGAUGAAAAUAAUGAACGAACAUUGACCAAAUAUUUGUGUUCAAAAUGGAUAUUGUUAUCGAGUGUCAUUAGUCCGUUUAAUGGAAAUAUAAUCGAUGGAUGUUUUCAACAUAUAACGGCUAAACAUAAAAACAGAAAUUUCGUUUUACAUGAAGAGCACUAUGACUCGAUUACAUUCGAUAAAUUCAUUGAUCUCAUCGUUGAACUGACACAACGUGUCACGAACAGUCGAACAGUAAUCAUAGCUGAGUAUGAUUCCAUAUUGAAGAAGUUAAUUCAUUCCGGUGAACAAUAUCAUCAGAAAAUAAUUAUCAGAGACUUCGUUGAAGUUAUUCAGCAAGAAUCAUCCACCACUACCUACGUGAUCGAUGAAGUCGUUGAUUAUCCAACGAGUACGAAUGAAAUUAUCGAACUAAUGCGUGAAAACUUACAAGCACACAAUAUUCUUUCGAAUGAACAACGAGAACGUUUGCAAAUAUCAUUUCGAUCGCAUGUGUUUAGUACACGAAAUAGAAUCAAAGCAGACAAAUAUCAAACACUAACAAAGAAAAAGACGAAAAUGAAACGAAAACCAGUUCGUGCGUACAGUCAAGAUCGGUUAGCAUUGUCACUGUCGACAUUGACAUCUUGGCUACGACAAUGUGGAAUAUUUAGUGGAAGAUAUGCAGCCACAGAAUUGGGAAAGGAUUUUCUCGCUGUAAUAAGUGACUAUCAGUCAAGAAAAUUAUAUCCGAUGGGUGUGAGAGGUCUCGAUUUUGACGGAUUUUUAACGUUGAUCUAUCGAGUUUCAUUGAGUAGUCAAUGUGAUCAACAAGAUGUUAUACAAAAGAUCUUAUGUGGACCAAGAAGAGCGAAUUUCACCUGUUAA